AUGUCGCGGCUCCUCUGCUUGUGUUUGCUGUGGCUCGGGCUCCUGAGGGUUCGGUUCUCCAGUGAGCUGAGCGACGUCAGUAUAGCCAGGAGGCUGUGCGGCAGGCACUUGGUGAAAGAAAUAGUAAAACUCUGUGGCCAUGCUGACUGGAGCCAGUUCCAGUUGGAGGAGGAAACCCCUUUCGCACAGCUGGUUUCUGAGCCCUCGGAGAAGGUUGAAGCCUAUAUCCCUGACCAGUUCGAAAGCCCCCAAACCCAUUUCCCGAGUUGGGGGAGAGGCACAAAUCCAGUGUCUACCUCUGUCUCUCGGGAAGAAGCAAUAAACAGUUGGGAGAUGCACUCACUGCCCGGGUAUCAGUAUAAAAAGGUGAACUCACCCUCUGAUAAAACGGGAGAAUUUUCCUCAUCACAAGAUAUCAAUCCAUAUAUUCAUGAGAGUAUAAAAUUUCAGAAGAACAGUACAAACAAAAUUAAAACCUUGAACAAUUUGUUUUGGGGUAAUCAUCCCCAAAGAAAACGCAGAGGAUAUUCAGAAAAGUGUUGUCUUAGAGGCUGUACAAAAGAAGAACUUAGUAUCGCAUGUCUUCCAUAUAUUGAUUUUAAAAACUUAAAGGAAAAAGGAUCAUCACUUGUAACUGAGAUAUACUAACCAUCAUAGGAAUUAUACUAACUUAAUAAAAGCUCAAUACAUUUAUUU